UUUACAUCAUCCUGAUAUAGUCUGCGAUUUUUAAAAUUUUUCAUAAGGAUAGUGAUACCCACUGUCCUGUGUUAAGAUGCGUUCUCUGAUUCUUGUUGUACUUGUUGCUGCAAUAGGAUUUGUUGCCGCUGAAUGGAGUGGGUUCUCUUACGUUAUUGGGGAUAUUCCCGAGUGUCUAGAAACAUUUUUUGAGCGUGAAGAGAAAUUUUUAAAGUUUUUGGUUGAUCUGUGUUCACACGCCGAAAAGGUAUUUGGUGCUGAAACUGUCAUGGAAAUCAUCAAGAAGGCUUUGGAAAUUGUUUUUGCCAAAUUAGACAUAAUUGGAGGUGACCUAUGGAAUUCGCAAACCAAUGUUGAAGGUCUCGCUAGUACAGCUACGACAAUCAUUUCAUGGGGUGAGAAAGCAGAUCUGCCUUAUAUAGAGAUUCAACUAGAAGACUUGCUUAGAUGAUCCAAAGUCAUUACAGAUAGUGGGGUUUAUUUUGUUUUUUUUUCAAUUGGUGUUAGGACUUCAAGGUGAUAACAUCGAUUAUUGACAGAGACUCGACUGUGGUUUUUAGAGAUUAAAUGCUAUUUCAUCGUUAAAACUGUCUGAAAUUAGUUCUUCACUUGUUCUUGUGAUAGUUUUCCCGUUCAAAGAACUCACCUGAUACACUCGUACAAGACACUCAAACAUCUUCGAAGUAAUUUGUCAAAGUCAGAGAGACAUUAACGUCUAGGUAAACCUUAUUACACUUACUAUCUAAUUACCUAUCAAACUAAUUAUCUAAAUAACU